AUGGUCAACCUCCCAUCGCCUUUCAGGGAGAUCGAUCGUAUACAAUUGACAUUCGAUCGUCCUACAGACAUCGAACCGCUAUCCCGUAUCACAGAAUCUUAUAACAGCAAGGUUAAGCUAUGGAUAGCUCGAGAAGACCGCAAUUCUGGUCUUGCUUUCUCUGGAAACAAAGUCCGCAAACUUGAAUAUGUGCUGGCAGAUGCUCUGGCACAAGGAGCAGACACCAUUGUCACCACAGGCGGCAUCCAAUCGAAUCAUAUGUGUCAGACUUCUGCUGCUGCAGCUCGACUUGGCUUUGAAGUUGCUCUCUAUCCUGAAGAUCGAGUGGCUUCCGACGACAAGGAGUAUAGAUAUCUCGGUAACAUUCAAGCCAACGAUAUCCUCGGUGCCGAGACCUUCCCUGCAGACACCUCUGAAUCUACUGUCAUGGAAACUCUCAAACGCCGCGAGAGAAAGCCAUAUUUCAUUCCGCCUGGUGCUAGUUCUCAUCCCCUUGGAGGCUUAGGCUAUGCUCGAUGGGUGUUUGAUCUUCUGGAGCAAGAAACGAAACUCGAUGUAACCUUUGAUGCCAUCACCCUCGUUGCCGGAUCCUGCUCAACCCUAGGAGGUAUACUUGCAGGACUCAAGCUUGCACAAAAGCAGAAAAUGCCAGGUUCCAAGAAACGGCUCAUCGGAAUUUCAGUCAUGCGUGAGGCCGAGCAGGAUGUCAAGAAUCUGGUGCUCCAGAUAGCCAGGACCACCGCAUCGAGGAUAGGAGUUUCUGUGGAUGAUAUCACUGCAGAUGACUUUGAAGUUCACACAUCUUACUUGGGGGAAGGAUAUGGGAAGCUUAAUGACUCAACGGCCGAUUCGAUGAAGAAGCUGGCCAGAAUGGAGGGAAUCUUGACUGAUCCUGUGUAUACGGGUAAGGCAUUCACAGGAUUGCUUGAUAUUAUUGACAAGGGAGGAUUGGAUGGUGAUAAUGUUCUGUUUCUCCAUACUGGAGGGCAGAAUGUUCUCUCGGCGUACCCACAACUCAGGUAA